CAGGAGCUUCUACCUGAACAGGUACACGAUCACUUGUGUGAGGAGCUCUGAAGCUGCUGUGUGAGAGUGUGUGAGGACAGUCUGUCGCCGCAAUAAGAAUAAGGACAAAACACACACACACCAUGGAGACUGGAGGAGUUUUAUUUCUCUGUGUGACCUGCCUCAGUCUGUUUACAGGCGCGCGUGGUGGUAAAAAGGACAUUUACGCGAGAAUUGUGGAUUUAGUGUCUCCAGGUGAAGAGUUCCUCACGGAGGAUGCGCUUCUCUCGGUGUUUGAACGGCUGCAGAACCGCGUGCAGUGCUCCGGUGUGUCGUGUGGAAAGUGCCUGUCUGUUGAACAUCUGCACCAGUUGUUGAGUAAUUACAGCAGCUCACAGGGGCUACAGAUGGAGGAUUUCUUCACGAUGGCCCCUGGAUGCUGUCUGUUCCUGAGCGCUCCGCUAGAGACCUGCGGGGCCGUACAGGAGGGCCGCUGGGUUGAGGAGACCCAUCACUUCAUCCAAAUGAUCUUAGGCCAUGACAACACCACCAGCAGUCAUAAUGAGAUCAGUGCCACAGAAUAUGAGGGUUUGGAGCAGCUGUUUGAUGAGAUGGAAAAAUACUAUCAGCCAGUCACACAUGAGACCUGUCUUUCACUAAAAGACAUCCUGGAAGAGAGCGGUGAUCAUCACUUAGAGCUGGAUGCUGUUUUUGCAAAUAUCCUCUAUCAUGCUUUGCGUGGAGACUGUAUGAGAUCACUUCCUGAGCAAGAGUUCUUUCUGGAUUACAUCUUCAGCCAUUUUGCCUCUGAUAAUCUUACACUUCAUGAUUUUGAAGAGCUUCUGAAGACGCUAAACCUGGGCAGAGAUGAACACGACCAUGAUGAUGCCCACAUUGAUGAUGAAUCCCACCGCAGUGGACCAACCCGCAUACAAAGUCAUCAGGACGAUCACCAUAACAACAGCAGCUGGGACACGAUGUGUUUUAGUGCUGAAGACCUUCUGAGGAUCUACCAGCUGAACUCUUCAUUGCUGACCAGAGAUCAGUUCACACAGCUCAGUCCUGCUCUGAUUCAGCAGAUCCUCAGUGGAGGCUGUUCUGAGAUCACUUUCACCCACAUGACCCCUGAAUCUCUGAGCACCGCUGAGAGAUAUGGAUAUGCCACUCUCGCCAACAUUAUCGUCUGUCUGAUGGCCAUGUUUGGGAUCGUGGUGCUGCUGUUCUCCAGGUGCACGCAAGUCUUUCAGAUGUGCAUCCAGUUCUGCAUCAGUCUGGCUGUAGGAUCCCUCACGGGUGACGCUCUUCUGCAUCUGCUUCCUAUGUUCUUAGGUCUUCAUGGACAUGAAGAAGGACACAGUCAUGAGGAGGAGAACCUCGACUAUGUUUACAAACUCCUGGUGGUCAUUGGGGGCAUCUAUGUCUUCUAUCUGAUGGAAGCCAUCUUCGCUAUCAUCACUCGACAUGGUCAUCAUCAUAAUGGAUCUGAGCCUCAUCACUGUGACCACAGCAAAGUUCUGCAGAUGUUCCAGAGCAAGAGAACCCAGCAAAACAAUAACUCCACCUCACAGGAGGAGCUGGUGGACGAGCAAAACAAUGAGAAGUCCAUCCUGGAGCCGUCUAGCAGCACACGAGAGAAGCGUCUGCUGCCGUAUAUGAUCACCAUCGGUGACGGCGUUCAUAACUUUGCAGACGGUCUGGCCAUGGGCGCUGCGUUCUCCGUGUCGUGGCGUUCAGGACUGGCGACAUCACUGGCCGUUUUGUGUCAUGAGCUGCCACAUGAGUUAGGUGAUUUUGCAAUCUUGUUGCACUGUGGUCUAUCAGUGAGAAAGGCUCUGCUGCUGAAUGUGGGCAGUGCUCUCACCUCCUUCAUUGGCCUUUACAUCGCACUGUCCGUCUCCACUCAAACCACUGCCCAGGAGUGGAUUUCUGCCAUCACCGCCGGCUUCUUCCUUUACAUCAGCCUUGCAGACAUGCUUCCCUCUAUGAUUCAUGUGGACAGUAAAAAGCCGUGGCUGAUUUUUCUGCUGCAGAAUCUGGGUCUGUUGACUGGAUGGGGGAUUAUAUUACUCCUGUCAUUAUAUGAAGAUCAGAUAGGAAUCUAAAAAAUUAUGCAGGAUUGUACUUGUGUACUUAUGUACAUUAUCAUAUUCCCUUCCUUGAAGAUGUUUGUGUAGGUGUAAUAAACAGUGGAAAUAUGUGCUGCCAUGUUUUAAAAUGGAAUAUUUUUAAAACCUUGUUUAUAUUUGUAAUACUUAAUUUGUAUUGUUUUUGUUGGGAACAGAAGAGAAAUUACAAAAAAAUAUAUAUAUAUAUAUUACACCAUACAUUACACAUAUACUUGUUUUUAUACUUUUUAAAACGCCACACAUUUUCUCAGAUUUUCAAAUUUAAGUCUAAUUAAAAAUGAAUAUUUACAACAGAUAAAUCAACCAUGCAAAUCACUUAUUUACAGUAGAUAAAUGGCUUUUUAUGGCCAUCAGCACUUUACAUAUAGUUUCUCAUGAGGCUCCUGUCCUUCAGUUUAAAUGUAUAUUUUUACUAGUUAAUUGUAAUCUGUAAUAGUUGUUACUGUAUUUUAUUGUGAAAAUGUACUAUUGUAAGAUACACUUGAUGUAGGGAUUUUACUGGUUCAUUCUGCUAAUAUGAAGUAUGAAGUAAGUUUCUGUCAUGACAUGUAGUGAUCAAACCUGUGACUAAAUAAACAAAUUGUGAUCUGUG